AUGUUCCAACUGCGCUCGUUGCGUGCCCAAGCGAUUAAGCGUUUUACCGUUCGUAACAUGGUAGAGAGCGCCGCUGUUCGUGAUAUUACCGAUGCAUCCGUGUACGAAGAAUACGCACUUCCUAAGUUAUACAUCAAACUGCAUUAUUGCGUCUCAUGUGCGAUUCAUUCUCACGUCGUCAGAGUUAGGUCACGCAAAGGACGCCGUAAUCGUAAUCCGCCGCCGAGAAUUCGAUAUAACAAGGAUGGCAAAAAAAUCAACCCCAACGUUGCACAAAAACUUACUCAAUAA